AUGGCUGGAGUUGCACCUGAGGAGUCUAGUGUUGGAAAGUCAUCUGAAGGAGUUUCAAGUGGACAACAACAUCAGCUGAGAGUUCAAUCUGGGGAAGCGUUAGCCGAAUGGAGAUCUUUGGAUCAAGUCGAAAGUGGAAGCACAUCCACUUCGCCUCCUUACUGGGACACUGACGAUGAUGAUGAUAACGAUGGACAAAAACCUUCUGAUUUAUAUGGAAAACAUACUUGGAAGAUUGAGAAAUUUUCUCAGCUGAACAAAAGAGAGCAUCGAAGUGAUGCAUUUGAGGCUGGGGGCUUCAAAUGGUAUAUUUUGAUUUACCCACAAGGCUGUGAUGUUUGCAAUCACCUCUCAUUGUUUCUUUGUGUUGCAAAUCAUGACAAGCUUCUUCCAGGAUGGAGCCACUUUGCGCAGUUCACUAUUGCUGUGGUGAAUAAGGAUCCUAAGAAAUCUAAAUAUUCUGAUACAUUACACCGGUUCUGGAAGAAGGAGCAUGACUGGGGUUGGAAGAAAUUUAUGGAGCUGUCAAAGUUGUUGGAUGGGUUUAUUGAUUCUGAUACGUUGAUAAUUAAAGCUCAAGUUCAAGUUAUCAGGGAGAGAGCAGACCGGCCUUUCCGUUGUCUUGACUGUCAGUAUCGAAGAGAACUUGUUCGAGUUUAUUUGACAAAUGUUGAGCAAAUCUGCCGGCGUUUUAUGGAAGAACGAAGGGCGAAGCUGGGAAAGUUGAUUGAGGAUAAAACUAAGUGGUCUAGCUUCCGUGCUUUCUGGCUGGGCAUGGACCAAAGUUCCAGGCGCCGUAUGACCCGUGAGAAAACAGAGUCCAUUUUAAAAGUUGUUGUGAAGCAUUUUUUCGUAGAAAAAGAAGUCACAUCUACCCUUGUCAUGGACUCACUGUAUAGUGGUUUGAAGGCCCUUGAAGGUCAGAAUAAGGGAAAGAAGAGCGGCAAGUACUUAGAGGCCGGAGAAUUACCUGUUCCUAUUGUUCGCAUUGAGAAAGACACAUUUGGUUUGGUGGAUGAUGUGUUGCUACUUCUUGAGAGAGCUGCUGUAGAACCCUUGCCUCCAAAAGAUGAGAAAGGUCCUCAAAAUCGUACAAAGGAUGGGACUACUGGAGAGGAGUUCAACAAAGAUUCUAUUGAGCGUGACGAAAGACGACUUACUGAACUGGGUCGCAGGACUAUAGAGAUAUUUGUCUUAGCUCACGUUUUCAGCAAAAUUGAAGUUGCAUAUCAGGAGGCUGUUGCAUUAAAGAAACAAGAAGAGCUUAUUCGUGAAGAGGAGGCAGCUUGGCUUGCGGAUCUUGAGCAAAAAGCAAGACGUGGAGUUUCAGAUAAGGAAAAGAAGUCUAAGAAAAAGCAGAGCAAACAGAAACGAAAUAAUCGCAAAGGGAAGGAUAAGGGACGGGAUGAAAAAACUAUCAUAAGCGCUGUGCAAGACAAGGUUGAUGAAGAUAGUCAUGCUGUGAUGAAAGAGUUAGUUGCCGAGCCAGCCAUUGUACUUGAAAAGUCUGAGGCUGUUGAAGUUGUAUCUGAUGUGUCUGAUUCUGUUGAUUGUACCCCCGACAUUCUUCCACCAGGUUCCGAGGACAGGGAUUUGAGUCCUGUCAAUUGGGAUACUGAUCAUUCUGAAGUGCAACCGCCAAUAGACGUUUCAGUUGCUGCACAAAAUGGUGUGGAAAGAAGAAGUCCAUCAGUAGUGGAUGAUAACUCAUCAACUUGUUCCUCUGACUCAGUUCCUUCUUCUGUUGCGAGUGUGACUAACAAAGGGAAAUCACGCUACCACAAUAACCAAAACUCUCCAAGCAGAGGGUGGAGCCACCAAAGCAAGUUAAGUUCUGGAUCAGCUGAUUGGAUUAAUGUAGAACAUAAUCAACCUGUACCAGAUGCAAGGCAGUCAACUGAUGCAUCCCAAAGUUGUCUACCCCAGCCUUCAGUUCGGUCUUUGCCGGAUAGAGUGGCCAAUGGAGUUGAGCAGAAAGUGGGAAAAAAGGAUGAAGAAUCCAGAUCCAUUCAGAGAAAUCCGAGUGGCAAAGGCCCCGUCGAUGCAAAUCCACCCAGCAAAAGUGCAGCAUGCGUAACGUCCCCGCCUAGAAGCCCCUCAAAAAUCAUCCCGUUAAUCUCUCGUCUAGAUUUGGACAGAAAGGCUGACAUUGCUAAGCCAGCUCAUAUCUCUGUGCCUUCAUCAACUUCAGCUGAAAACAUCCCCACAUCAGAAACUUCCAACCUUCACAAAUUCACAAUUCCAAAUCCUGCUGUGAAUACAUUUAAACACCAAAUGAGCACCCGGGUUGAGAAGCUUCCAGCACAGGAAGCUCCUGUGUCGUCUGAUAAACCCUCGAUUCCACCUUCGCCUGUCAUGUCUAGGCCCUUAAGUGCUCCAGUAGCACCGGGUCCAAGGCCUGCUGUCUCCAUUGUCUCUAUGGUCCAAACGCCGCCCAUUUUGGCCCGUUCUGUGAGCGCCGCUGGACGAUUGGGCCCUGAGCCCAACACUGCAUACACCAACCAGAGCUAUGUCCCUCAGUCCUACCGAAAUGCAAUUAUCGGUGGGCCCACCUAUCCUCAGAAUGCUUCUGCUAAUUCUAUCGUGAACUCGUCCAAUUCUUACUCACAGCAGCCACCUUCCCAGCUCUUCUUACAGAGAACCGAACCCAAUCCGGUGAAACCGAAUCUUUCGUUGGGAUUGUUGAGUCAUUCCGAGGUCUUGCCGAACAUUCAGAGUUACGAUCUAUACAACCCGGGCCGAAUCGGGCCGCACUAUCCCCUCCGGGCCGACUUCCCGGCCGGCACGUCCGGGCGCCAGAGCCACAUGAUGCCGGAUGAGUUUCCGCAUCUGGACAUUAUAAACGACUUGCUCGAUGACGAACAGAGCAUCGGGAUCGUGGGCUCGUCCAACUCGGGCUACCAAGGUUUUGGCAGCAGGCCCCACUAUCUGAACAGGCAUCACAGCUUCCCGAGCGAUCCGGGCCUUCUGGGGGAGCCCGCCCCAUCGUGCAGGUUUGACCGGGCGUACCGGAGCUUUCAAGACGGGGGAGGACUUGUUCAGCAUGGGUAUGGUGGCUCGGGAAGAAGUUACGAUGCGGUUAGGGAUAUGAAUACCCCGACCCAGGUGGGCCCACAGCCGUAUUUGAACGGGCAGCUUGAUGGUUUUGUCCCGGGCCAGUGGCAGAUGGGCGGCAGUCCAGAUGUGCCGCCGUUCAUGAGCGCAAGGACUAUUAUGGAAAGUGAAGGUGGAAGCUAUCCGUAUCAUUUACCGGAGUAUGCGAACCUGACUGUUGGGAUCAAUGGGUACACAGUAUACAGGCCUUCAAAUGGACUUUGA